UUUUCUUUCUUAAACCUCUCAUAGACCCUAAAUUUUCCUUCUUUGUGCCGCCCUCAAUUCCUCCUCCAAGACAAAACCUCUUCGCCUCAUCGUCGCUGUCUCCUCCUUACCGGAACGGCACUCUAUUAUUUUCCGGACACCGUUUGCCUCCAUAACUCUUGCUAACCGCAGGAACACCUAAUAUGGCCACCACAGAGGGUGCAACUGAGUCCAUUGACUCGAUAUCUUUCAGUUUCUUAACUGACGAAGAGGUUCGAAAGCAUAGUUUUGUAAAGAUAACAAACCCCAGAUUGCUUGAUCUUGUGGAGAGGCCUGUUCCUGGUGGACUAUAUGAUCCAGCACUAGGGCCAUUAAGUGAGAGGACAAUUUGCAAGACAUGUGGCCAACGCUCAACCAAUUGCCCCGGCCAUUGUGGCCAUAUUGACCUCGUUUCUCCAGUUUACAAUCCCCUGCUCUUCAAUUUUCUUCAUAAACUUCUGCAGAGGACAUGUUUCCUUUGCUUUCAUUUUAGAAUGCAGAGGGGCCAGGUUGAGAAAUGUAUUAAACAACUGGAACUCAUUGUAAAAGGUGAUAUUGUUGGGGCUAAGAGAUUAGAAUCGGUCUCACCAAGUGAAGCUUUGUAUCCAGAGGAAAGUGAUUUGAGCCAUGAAUCUUGUCCUACAAUACACUCAGGAGUCCAAUGUAACGAUGGUGAGCAUACAAGGCAACAAGGAUGGACAUCUCUUCAGUUUACUGAAGCAAUGUCUGUUUUAAAUAAUUUUCUGAAGCCAAAAUUUAAGAAGUGUAAGAACUGUGAGAGCAGUAAUCCAAACAUUACUAAACCUACUUUUGGAUGGUUUCACACGAGUGGCAUGUCAGAUGCCAGUAUUAGAGCAAAUGUGAUAACAGGACACCAGCUGGGAGGACUAUUAGGCAGCGAAAUUGAAGGGACGACAGAUGUCGAAGAUGCUGCUGAACCAGGAGACCAACAUAGUGGGACAAAAAAGCAUAAGAAAAAAGAGCGGAAAGAGGUUCUUGAGUUCACUAGGCAGAAAAGUACUUUUUCCAAGCAGCUUCUACCAUCUGAGGUUAAAGAAAAAUUAGAGCUUUUGUGGAAAAAUGAGGCCCGCAUCUGCUCAUUUAUAAGUGAUCUUCAGCAGCAAGAAUUUGGAAAGAGAAAAGCGGGCCCUGCUAUGUUUUUCUUAGAGACCAUUCUAGUACCUCCCAUCAAAUUCAGGCCACCAACGAAGGGAGGUGAUUCUGUGAUGGAGCAUCCUCAAACUGUUUUGCUUAGCAAGGUGCUACAGUCCAACAUAUCUUUGGGAGAUGCUCAUAUUAACAAAGAGCAUUCAAAAAUAGUCAGGCGAUGGUUGGAUCUUCAGCAGUCUAUAAACACGUUAUUCGAUAGCAAAACUGCCAAGGGUCCUGGUCAAAGGGAAGGGGCUCCUGGAAUAUGUCAGUUGCUUGAGAAGAAAGAAGGUCUAUUUCGCCAGAAAAUGAUGGGAAAGAGGGUUAAUUAUGCAUGCCGAUCUGUUAUCUCCCCAGAUCCAUAUAUAGGUGUUAAUGAAAUUGGAAUUCCUCCAUGCUUCGCCGUGAAGUUAACAUAUCCUGAGAGAGUGACUCCUUGGAACAUUGCCAAGUUGAGGAAUGCUGUGAUCAACGGAUCUGAAUGUCACCCUGGAGCUACACAUUAUGUAGAUAAGUUGUCUAUUAACAAACUGCCCCCUGCCCGAAAAGCACGAAUUUCCAUAUCACGGAAAUUACCUUCCUCAAGAGGUGCUGUUACACAAGCUGGGAAGGGCUCUGAAUGUGAAUUUGAAGGCAAGAUUGUUUAUCGCCAUUUGCAAGAUGGAGAUGUUGUUCUUGUAAAUCGUCAGCCAACACUUCAUAAGCCCAGUAUAAUGGCACAUGUAGUUCGUGUCUUGAAGGGGGAGAAAACGCUUCGUAUGCACUAUGCGAAUUGCAGUACUUACAAUGCAGAUUUUGAUGGUGAUGAAAUGAAUGUUCAUUUCCCACAAGAUGAAGUUUCUCGUGCUGAAGCUUACAACAUUGUUAAUGCUAAUAAUCAAUUUGUCAGGCCUUCCAAUGGUGAACCACUUAGAGGCUUGAUUCAGGACCAUAUUGUUAGUGCUGUACUGCUCACGAAAAAGGAUACUUUCUUAAGUCAAGAUGAGUUCAAUCAACUACUUUAUAGUUCUGGGGUAUCCACAGUUGGGCCAAAUUCUUUCCAUGGCAGGCCUGGCCAGAAAGUUUUAUGGUCACGUUCUGAAGAUGAGAUUCAGACUCUUCCGCCUGCAAUUUGGAAACCCAAGCCUCUUUGGACAGGAAAACAGGUUAUUACUGCCAUAUUAAAUCACAUUACAAGCGAUCAUCCCCCAUUUACUGUUGAAAAGGAUGCGAAGAUCCCUUCUAAUUUUUUUAAAAGUAGAGCCAAUGAAGAUAAGCCCUGCCAGGAAGAGAAGUCUGAUAAAGAUGCUCCUGCUGAAAAGGAGCCCGAUGAAGAGAAGAUGUUGGUCUAUAAGAAUGAAUUGGUUCGUGGUGUGAUUGACAAGGGUCAGUUUGGUGAAUAUGGUUUGGUUCAUACAGUUCAUGAACUCCUUGGCUCACAUACUGCAGGAAUUUUGCUCUCUGUAUUAAGUCGGCUGUUCACUGCUUAUUUGCAGAUGCAUGGAUUUACAUGUGGGGUGGAUGACCUUUUGAUAUUAACAAAUAAAGAUGAAGAAAGGAAGAAGCAACUUGAAUGGUGUGAAAAAAGCGGGGAAGCAGUUCAUCGGAAUUUCAUUGGAAUCAAGGAUGAAAAGAUUAAGAUAGAUCCAGUGGCAAUGCAAUUGAAUAUUGAAAAAACUAUACGCAGUGAUGGAGAUUCUGCCUUGGCAUAUUUGGACAGGCAGAUGAGUAAUGAACUUAAUACUAAAACAAGCUCAGGGGUCAUCAGUAAUUUAUUAUCUGAUGGAUUACUAAAACCCUCUGGAAAGAAUUGUAUAUCUCUUAUGACCACAUCUGGGGCUAAAGGUAGCAAGGUCAAUUUCCAACAGAUUUCUUCUUUUCUAGGACAACAAGAGUUGGAAGGAAAAAGAGUCCCUCGAAUGGUUUCUGGAAAGACCUUGCCCUGCUUUCAUCCAUGGGAUUGGGCUGCUCGUUCUGGUGGCUAUAUUACUGAUCGGUUUCUUACUGGUCUUCGUCCACAAGAAUAUUAUUUUCAUUGCAUGGCUGGUCGGGAAGGGCUUGUUGAUACAGCAGUCAAAACAUCUCGUAGUGGAUACCUGCAAAGAUGCCUAAUAAAAAAUCUUGAGUGUCUUAAAAUUGGUUAUGAUCACACAGUUCGUGAUGCUGAUGGCUCAGUUGUUCAGUUCUACUAUGGAGAAGAUGGUGUGGAUGUUCAUCAGACAAGCUUCAUAGCAAAAUUCAAAGAACUGGCAUUGAACCAAGAUAUGAUGUACAAAAGAAGUGGUGGUCAGCUAGGCGCAUUUAACUCUUAUAUUUCAGAAUUGCCUGAGGCUCUUAAAGAAAAAGCAGACAGAUUCCUUGAUGAUUUUUCUAUAAUGGGGCGAAUUGCUUCUAAUUUAGUGAAGCGUGAGGACUUACAUAAUUUAAUGAAGCAAAAGUUUCUCUUGAGCCUUGCACAGCCAGGAGAACCAGUAGGUGUGCUGGCUGCUCAGUCUGUAGGAGAGCCAUCAACACAGAUGACGUUAAACACUUUCCAUCUGGCUGGGCGAGGUGAAAUGAAUGUCACACUUGGGAUCCCACGACUUCAAGAGAUCUUGAUGACAGCUUCCAUUGAUAUUAAAACACCAAUUAUGACCUGCCCCUUGCAGGAGGGGAGAACAAACGAGGAUGCCGAUCAUCUUGCUGAUAAGUUGAGGAAGGUCACUGUGGCAGACAUUGUGGAGAGUAUGGAAGUAUCCGUAGUGCCAUUUGCUAUUCAAGAUGGUGGCGUUUGCAGAAUUUAUAAACUGAAAAUGAAGCUGUACAGACCUGCACACUAUCCACAAUAUGCUAAUAUAUCAGUAGAAGACUGGGAAGAAACCUUAGAGGUGGUGUUUUUAAGGGAGUUGGAGGAUGCUAUUCAAAAUCAUAUGUUUUUGCUCUCUAGAAUUAGCGGCAUUAAAGACUUUUUGCCAGAAUCACGAUCAAGGGCUUCAGGUGAGGCUGAUGAAGAUGUUGCUGGUGAUAUGUCACAUAGGGAAGAACGUGAUGAUGAUAAUGAUGAUGAUGAUGGUGAAAGGGCUGAUGAUCUUGGUUUAGAUGCACAGAAAAGAAAGCUUCAGGCAACAGAUGAGAUGGACUAUGAUGAUGGCUUUGAGGAGGAGCUGAAUGAAGGGGAAUCUACAGCCAGUGAAGAGGAGUCUGGAUUCGAAAGCGAAAUUGAUCAGGGUGAUAAUGAAACCGAGAUUAGUAAUGAUGUGAUGCUUGACAAUGAAGCUUCUGAAACUCUACCCCUUAGAAAGCCCUCUAAGCCCAAGUCAAAGAAAAAAGCUGCUGAAAGUCCAUCACAUGGUGAAAAAUCGAAGGAUAAGAAGAAGAAACCAAAAGCCAAACGAAAGAGCAGGAUAAGUAAGGACUUUGAUAGAGCAAUUUUUGUGGAAGCUAGGAAAAUGCACUUCGAAGUCCACUUCAAAUUCACAAAUGAGCCACAUAUUUUACUGGCUGAGAUUGCUCAGAAGACGGCCAAGAAGGUCUAUAUCCAGAACCCCGGCAAGAUUGAACAAUGUCGAGUGACUGAUUGCAAAGAAAGUCAAGUAAUUUACUAUGGAAAAGAUCCAAAGGAAAGGGUGGACUUAAAACCUGAUGUAAAAGAAAAGGUUCCUGCACUGCAUGCAACUGGUGUAGAUUUUAAUACUUUCUGGAAAAUGCAAGAUCACUUGGAUGUUAGGUACAUAUAUUCUAAUAACAUUCAUGCUAUGCUUAAAACUUAUGGAGUAGAAGCGGCCCGGGAAACCAUCAUCAGGGAGAUAAAUCAUGUGUUCAAGUCUUAUGGUAUAGCUGUUAGUAACAGGCACUUGUCUCUUAUUGCUGAUUUUAUGACCCAUACGGGUGGGUAUCGCCCAAUGAGCCGUAUGGGUGGAAUAGCAGAGUCAAUAUCACCUUUUAGUAAAAUGUCUUUUGAGACGGCUUCCAAAUUCAUUGUUGAAGCAGCACUACAUGGUGAAAUUGACAACUUGGAGACUCCAUCAGCUAGGAUUUGUCUUGGAUUGCCAGUGAAAAUGGGUACAGGAUCUUUUGAUUUGAUGCAAAAACUGGAAAUCUGAUGGGCAAUUUGAUUUUUUAAGAACUCUGAUUCUGAUUUUGUUUCUGUUUUUUCAUUAAAUUAUACAUGUCAAUAUUUUUUGCCCCUAAUUGGCCUCAUUGUGCAUCGUUCAAGAUUUCUGAUGUCAGAAAGUUGGACGAGACUAAAUACUUUAAACUUCUUUCUGAUAAUCAGCAGCUCAAUUUGUGCAACUGUAAAUUUAUUACUAUGAUAAUAUAACAAAGUUAAAUGAUAUAAUAUUUGUUUAUCA